UGCUCAGCAUGUUUUACCUCAUAUUGAACUUUUAGAGGAACCAAAAAAUGUCUCAAAUGUAUCGAGUACUCUGAAGAUCAUGAACACCCCAAAUACCUCAAGAGUCACAAGAAGUUCUACUAUCAAUAUAGGUUUAGAUAAGCGGGUUGCCAAAAGUGUAGGUAUAGAAAGCUAUUUAGAUAUGUUUGAUGAUGGUGAUGCUUUACCUGAUCUAGAAGGCCAUCUUCCGAAUGAUGAUGAGAUUCUUGUCGAUGAUUUUACCUCAGAAAACGAGAUGGUGAUUUCUAAUUGUAAACGAAAAGAUAAUAAUAUCAAUGAUAUGGAAAACGAAGACAUGGAUACUAGUAUGUAUGAUGUACAGACUCAAAUGAUUGUGAUGAUUCAAGAUAUACAGAAAAAGGUCAACGAAAUGUAUACAGAUUGGAAAGUCGUUAGAUUUGGUAGUCAUACAGAAAAUGACACUAAAUUGAUUGAU